AAAUUCUUGACUACUUCCCUAGCACAGUAUAGCUGCCGCUUUGCAUGUGUGUAUGUCUCAUUCCUGGUCGUUUUGGUGAUGAGUAUUGUAACUUGUACGUGUCACACUCACCAAUAAUCCGCAUGAUUAAAAGCCUAAGCUAAACAUUACCCUUUUAACAUUUCCCAAAUAUCCAGAGAUCUCUUUAUUGUAAGAGAGUGCAUUAAAUUGAUUGCAUAACAUUAAAGUUGCCGACAAGGAGAAUUGAGAAAAGAUCAGAACUGCAGAGACUGGUGAUAGAUAUGGAGAGAGAUAAGAGUGACAUAAAACAGACAAAAGAUUUUUAAUUGGGACAUACUGUGAAAGAAACAGAAAUAGGUGAUUAAGAGGAGCUCACAAGAACUUGCAAGAAUUUACCUUUGUCCGCGUGUGUGAGAGAGACAGAGGGGUGGUAAAAAAAUAGUAGUCUAAAGUAAGAGACAUGACAAGGGGGACAACAUCAAAUUAAAGUGUUUGAAAAUUUUAUACAAAAAGAGGACUUUAGAGUAAGACAAUUAGCACCAAGAAAUUUGAAAUUUGGGUAUGUACAAGAGUGAGAAAAAGAUGGAGAGAGAGGAAAAGAAAAAGCAGCAAGAAAAAGAAUUGUUGGUAUUAAAGUUGAAAGGAGGUGUUUUGGUGGGGAAAAGAGGAGGUAGUUGUAGUACUCCUUCACCUACAUGGAAAAUUGGGUUGGCUCAAUCUGAUGGUUCUCUGCUUCAAGAUUUGCCUUUUCCAUCCAAUUCUGCUUCACUCUCUGUCAGAAAACUUGGUGCUAAUCUCUGGGAAUUUCAGCCACAAGUGAAAAACAUCGUCAAGAUGAGCAAGGUUGGGCAUCCCCCUCAAACUCAAAAAGAUAAAAAACGUUCUAAGCUUCCCAGCCAACCAGCUGACCCACCAGAUAGCCCACCACAGCAGCCAACAAGCACCAGUAGUUUAGGGAGGGACAUUGCUGCAUCACUUAGACAGCAUCAUCAUCAUCUACUUGUGAAGAAUGGAGGCGCUCAAUCGCUUGAAUCUCCUGCAAGUUACUGUAGCUCAAUGGAGAUGGCUCCUUAUAAACCUGUUGAGACUCCCACCACCUCAAAGGACCUUAAAGGUAGAAGUGGAAAGUCCAGCUACAGCCUGAAAACAUCAACGGAAUUACUUAAUAUACUUAAUAGGAUUUGGAGCCUUGAAGAACAACAAUCAUCAAACAUGUCGUUGGUGAAAGCAUUGAGAAAAGAACUUGAUCACUCCCAAAGAUGUGUUAAGGAACUACAAGAAGAAAAGAAACGAGACAGAGAAGAAAUAGAUGACUUGAUGACACUAAUUGCUGAGUACAGAAUUGGAAGAAAGAACAACAAGCAUAACAGAACUGAAGAAGCAGUCAAGACAUUGACGGAUGAGCUACGAGAUGAAAGAAGGUUGAGGAAACACUCAGAAAAUCUUCACCGUAAGCUUGCUCGAGAUCUUGCUGAAGUGAAAUCUUCUUUCUCUACUGCUUUAAAAGAACUUGAAAGAGAACGGGAGGCACGGAUUAUGCUAGAAGAAUUAUGUGAUGAGUUUGCCUAUGGAAUUAAGGAGUAUGAAGAAGAUGUUCGAUUCUUGAAAAGCAAACUGAAAAAAGAUCACAUGUUGACUGAAGAGAAGGAUGGGUUGAUCAUCCAUAUUUCUGAAGCCUGGUUAGAUGAGAGAAUGCAAAUGAAGCAAGCCCAAAGACGUCAUGAUCCCGCAGAAAAGAAAACAAUUGUAGACAAGUUGUGGUCCGAAAUACAGACCUUUCUUAAAGCUAGACAAUCUAAUGAUUACAGGAAUAAUGUCUUAAACUUGAAAGGAGCAAAGGAGAACUGCUUACACAGGCAUUCAUUGGAAUCCUUUCACUUGAACAAUCCAGCAAGUGCACCCAGAAUAGAGAAGGAAGAUGACGAUUCAUUUGACAACGUUAUACGUGCUUCUGAAUCAAAUAGAGGUUUAAGUGGAAAGCAUGACGAAAUCAGCUGCAUCAAUCAACAGGAGGAAUUUACUUCGAACAUCCAUGUCGGAAAAAUAACUGAAUCUAAUCCACCACAGACGAAGAUUGAAGCUCAAGUUUCAAAGGACCCUGACAUGACUAGCUCAAGAAUCCAACCUGAAGAGAAAAUUUUCGAGGCAAUGGUAGUUAAAGAGACUCCUGUUGAAGGUAAUGAGAUUGGUGUGCUUAAGAAACGUGUCACAAAACAAGGAAAAUCUCAGAAGAGAAAGAAUAACUUGAUGAAAACAGGAAGUUCUUUGCUGAAUAACUUACUUAAAGAUCAUUCAUUGCCUUCAGAAGCUAAGCCACUUCAAAAUGACGAUAAGCAUGUGGAACAGUCUUUCGAUCCAACGACAUUUACUGGCCCUGCCAGUCCAGUGCAGAAGUGGACAUCAAAACUAACAGCCCCGGAUCGUGAGGUGAUUGAAUCUUCUUCAAAAUUACCACUAGGUGUUAAAGAGAAUACACUGAAGGCAAAGCUGCUAGAAGCCAGGCUUGAAAGCCAGCAGUUGCAGCCAAGAGCUAUAAAAGGUUUAUCUGAGUUUACUUGAACUGUAAAAUGGCCAGUGUGAACCCUUUAGGCGAAAAUGUUAAAAAGUGUUAAUACUUUGUGAGUUGCUUAUGCUGGUUUUGUGACUCGAAAAUUUUGGUACACAAGAAAUGAGAAAUGCCUCUUUUUUUGUA